AGCCAGACCAGUUCAAGCAAUGGAAAACUCAUACAUAAUAGCAAUAGACUUUGGAACUGCAUAUAGUGGGUAUGUCUUCAAUGUCACACCCAGUGAUGAAAAGCCAGACCCCCACUUAAAGAAGUGGGGAAAAGAAAUUGGACUGGACACUCCAAAGACUCCAACCUGCAUCUUGUUUGAUGAAUCUGAAGAAUUUGUGGCUUUUGGUUAUGAAGCCACAGAAACAUACAACUGCAUGAGAGGGGAAACUGGAAAGAAACACUAUUUCUUUCAAAAUUUUAAGAUGGCUCUCUAUGGAAAAGAACUUAGAAGGGAUAUGAAGAUCAAAGCAGCCAAUGGGAAGGAAAUGACGGCCCUGAAGGUUUUUACAGAAGCUUUGAGAUUUCUGAAGGACGACGCAUUAAAAACCAUUAAUUCCAAUGCAGCAGGUAUGGUACUCUUGGCCUCUGACUUCACCUGGGUCCUGACCGUUCCUGCCAUCUGGGAUCUUUCAGCUAAACAGUUCAUGAGAGAAGCUGCAAUGGAGGCAGGUAUUGUGGAAGAGGAAUCUGAGGAAACACUGGUGAUGGCACUGGAACCAGAAGCUGCUUCAAUCUGGUGUAAGAAGCUUCCAUCAGAUGGAUUCAUCGCAGAAAAACACAACGGCACUUCUUUGGAUCAACGUCAAGGAUCUCAGUACAUUGUUGUUGACUGUGGAGGAGGAACAAUUGACAUCACUGUUCAUGAAGUCCUGGAAGGAGGAGCCUUAAAGGAGCUGCACAAAGCCUCUGGAAACAAUCUGGGAGGACAAACUGUGGACAGGAAGUUUAAAGAGUUCCUUAGAGAAAUAUUCACUGAUGGAGUCUGGGAUGAAUAUGAAGAAAAUUAUCCCAGUGAGAUUCAGAGAAUGAUGUAUGAUUUUACCCGUCUCAAACAGUCAGGUGAAGAUGUUCAGAUCCCGUGUCCAUUUAAUCUGGGACAUGUAGCCCAGAAAAAGAAAAACUUAGAGAAGUUCUUUGAGUCUGUGAAAGGUGCCUCCUGGAACGAGGGAUCAAUAAAAAUUUCCAAAGAAAAAAUGAGAUAUUUCUUUGAGGAGAGUCUGCUGGGCAUCAACAGGAAUCUUAGGGAAAUCCUUGAUAAAAAUUACAGAAUUGAGUACGUUUUGUUAGUUGGGGGUUUCGCGAAUAGCCAGAUUCUGCGUCAGUACAUUAUUGAUCAGUUUAGUGAUACCUGUAAGAUUCUGUGUCCUUUCAGAGCUCAGGAAGCAAUCAUGAGAGGAGCUGUUGAGUUUGGAAGAAAACCGUCCUGGGUUGCAUCUCGAAAAAGCCCCUACACAUACGCUGUGGCCAUCUCUGAGCCCUUUGAUGAGAUCAAACAUAAGCCAGAAAAGAAAUUCAUGAUUGGUGAGGAGGAAUGGUGCUGUGAUAGGUUCAUGACAUUGGUGCAAGCAGGUGAAGAUGUCUGGUGGGAUGAGAUUAGAGAACUCAUCCUUUGUCCGGUAGAGGAAGAUCAGACAUGCAUGGUGAUGAGAUUUUAUCGCACAGAAAGGAACUUUCCUAAGUAUGUUGAUGACUUGGGAGUUGAGGAAGCUGGUUCAUUUGAUGUUCCAAUGCCUAACAUUAGUGAAGGUAGAGAGCGCCAGGGCUGCCAGGUUGCUGGUGCCCAUCACCAGCAGUCAUUGGGCAAGAGGCUGGGUCACCUUGGACAACCAGAGUAA